AUCUAAUUAAAUAUGCCAAUAAAGUUAAAAGUCCAAGGCCAAUCGAUUUCUGUAGACGAAAGAUUUGCUUAAGUGAGCAAUUUUCUGAAAGAAGUUUGGCAGCCAAAUUCUGAUGAAGUGAAUUUAAAAAAAAUUUUAGGAAUUACCUUUGUCAGAAACUUAAGUUACCCUAAGAGCUUUUGAGACUUUGAAAAAUUAUUAUGAAUUCAAUAAUUUUAAACCUGAAAUCAUUGAUGCAAUAUGUAUUAUAUUUAUGAUUACUAUUAUAGCUAAUGACCCUAAUACAUGUUUUUUAAAUGAAUAUAAUAGAGAAUUAAUAAUGAAAUAUAGUGUAUUUGAGGGAAAUGAGUUAAAAGAAUUAUUGUAAGCAGCUAUUUACCUUUAGACUAUAGCAUUUAAGAGUAUAAUAAUUGAUUUUAUAAGAGAAUUAUGUCUAGCUAGGAUUGCUUUUGAGUUUCAUAUUGAAAAAUAAGAGCCAAAUAAAUCAUUUAAUGAAUUAAAAAAGAAAUUUAAUAUGAGCAAUUCAGCCCUUACUUUAGGAGAUGUUGAAAGAUUUAAAUAAGAAUAUCCAACAAUAAUAAAUAAAUAUAAUUGAUUAAUAUAAAGGAAC